GGAGACGCGGUGGGGCGCCGACGGAGUUCUAAGGGCGGCCGUGAUUGGUGCAGGAUCCUGCUAAUCUCAAGAAGGCCCGCAGAGAAUUGAGGAAAACGUGGUGGGGGGCAUGCGCGAUCUGGGUUUCAGGUUGACUUGGCACCUUGAAGAGUGGAGGCUUGGCCCCCAGAAUGAGGCGGCCCUCGAAAUCGAUGCCACCCACGAGGGGAUGAUUCUGCGGUGCCAUCCCCUUCAUAAACGCAGAUUCCUUCAUAAAGCCGCAGCUGCAGAAGGAACAGCGCGAGGAGGGAGGGGCAGACACUGGCCUCAGAUACCUGACCUGGUACCCUCUAUGAGGCCUGCGGUGCUGGGCUCCCCAGACCGAGCACCCCCAGAAGAUGAGGGGCCUGUCAUGGUGAAGCUAGAGGACUCUGAGGAGGAGGGUGAGGCUGCCCUAUGGGACCCAGGCCCUGAAGCUGCACGCCUGCGUUUCCGGUGCUUCCGCUAUGAGGAGGCCACAGGGCCCCAAGAGGCCCUGGCCCAGCUCCGAGAGCUGUGUCGCCAGUGGCUGCGUCCAGAGGUACGCUCCAAGGAGCAGAUGCUGGAGCUGUUGGUGCUGGAGCAGUUCCUGGGCGCACUGCCCCCUGAGAUCCAGGCCCGUGUGCAGGGGCAGCGGCCAGGCAGCCCCGAGGAGGCUGCUGCCCUAGUAGAUGGGCUGCGCCGGGAGCCGGGCGGACCCCGGAGAUGGGUCACAGUCCAGGUGCAGGGCCAGGAGGUCCUAUCAGAGAAGAUGGAGCCCUCCAGUUUCCAGCCCCUACCUCAAACUGAGCCUCCAACUCCAGAGCCUGGGCCCAAGACACCUCCUAGGACUGUGCAGGAAUCACCACUGGGCCUGCAGGUGAAAGAGGAGCCAGAGGUUACAGAGGACUCAGAUUUCCCGGAGUCUGGGCCUCUAGCUGCCACCCAGGAGUCUGUACCCACCCUCCUGCCUGAGGAGGCCCAGAGAUGUGGGACCGUGCUGGACCAGGCCUUUCCCCACAGCAAGACUGGGCCUGAGGGUCCCUCAUGGAGGGAGCACCCCAGGGCCCUGUGGCAUGAGGAAGCUGGGGGCAUCUUCUCCCCAGGGUUUGCGCUGCAGCUAGACAGCAUCUCCGCAGGUCCAGGUAGUGUAAGCCCUCACCUCCACGUCCCCUGGGACCUCGGCAUGGCUGGCCUUUCUGGCCAGAUCCAAUCACCCUCCCGCGAAAGUGGCUUUGCGCAUGCGCUUGUGCUCCCCAACGAUCUGAGGAGUGAACAGGACCCCACGGACGAGGAUCCCUGCCGGGGUGUGGGCCCUGCUCUGGUCACCACCCGCUGGCGCUCCCCCAGGGGCCGGAGCCGGGGCCGCCCCAGCACUGGGGGCGGGGUGGUUAGGGGCGGCCGUUGCGAUGUAUGUGGCAAGGUGUUCAGCCAACGCAGCAACCUGUUGAGGCACCAGAAGAUCCACACGGGUGAGCGACCAUUCGUGUGCGGCGAGUGCGGCCGCAGCUUCAGCCGCAGCUCGCACCUGCUGCGCCACCAGCUUACGCACACCGAGGAGCGGCCGUUCGUGUGCGGCGACUGUGGCCAGGGCUUCGUGCGCAGCGCGCGCCUGGAAGAGCAUCGGAGAGUGCACACGGGCGAACAGCCUUUCCGUUGCGCUGAAUGCGGCCAGAGCUUCCGGCAGCGCUCCAAUCUGCUGCAGCACCAGCGCAUCCACGGCGAUCCCCCGGGCCCUGGCGCUACGCCCCCGGCCCCUCCUGGUGCGCCCGAGCCUCCCGGCCCCUUUCCGUGCAGCGAGUGCCGCGAGAGCUUCGCGCGGCGCGCCGUGCUACUGGAGCACCAGGCGGUACACACGGGCGACAAGUCCUUUGGCUGCGUCGAGUGCGGCGAGCGCUUCGGCCGCCGCUCAGUGCUGCUGCAGCACCGGCGCGUGCACAGUGGCGAGCGGCCGUUCGCCUGUGCCGAGUGCGGCCAGAGCUUCCGGCAGCGCUCCAACCUGACGCAGCACCGGCGCAUCCACACUGGGGAGCGGCCGUUCGCCUGCGCCGAGUGUGGCAAGGCCUUCCGCCAGCGGCCCACGCUCACGCAGCACCUCCGCGUACACACGGGCGAGAAACCCUUUGCCUGCCCCGAGUGUGGCCAGCGCUUCAGCCAGCGACUCAAGCUCACGCGUCAUCAGAGGACACACACCGGCGAAAAGCCCUACCACUGCGGCGAGUGCGGCCUGGGCUUCACGCAGGUCUCGCGGCUCACGGAGCACCAGCGCAUCCACACGGGCGAACGGCCCUUCGCCUGCCCCGAGUGCGGCCAGAGCUUUCGGCAGCACGCCAACCUCACCCAACACCGGCGCAUCCACACGGGCGAACGGCCCUACGCAUGCCCUGAGUGUGGCAAGGCCUUCCGCCAGCGGCCCACGCUCACGCAGCAUCUACGCACCCACCGACGAGAGAAGCCCUUCGCCUGCCAGGACUGUGGCCGCCGCUUCCACCAGAGCACCAAGCUCAUCCAGCACCAGCGCGUCCACAGCGCCGAGUAGCUCCAGCCCGGACGCACUGUGUCCGCCGUGGUCAGAACACCUACCUCCGCUGGUUGUUGUGAGGCUGGCAAUUACAUAAGUAUAAGCGGGUCCUCCCAGGGCUUGGCUACUGUAGGUGUCCAAUAAACAGUAGAUGGAAA